UAUUUAAGUGAGUGCUAUAUUGAAGUUUGAUUUCAUUAAAUUCUACCACUUGUUGAAUUUUGGACAAUGAUUGAAAUCGAAGAAGACAGAGUUAAAUACAUUUAUCCAAAUGAAGAAAUAUAUAGUGGAAUUGAGGAGAAUAUGAGAAAUUUGAAGAGCUGGGAAUGGAUUUAUGGACGAACACCUCGGUUUACUCUCCAUAAAGAAUUCAUAGUGGAAGAAACUAUAAAUCUACCUAUACGUUGCUCAAGUAAUCAUGAGACCAAGAAAUUAAUUAUUGAAGUUAUUAUUUAUCAUGGAAAAAUUGAAAAUAUUUAUUUGAAAUUGUCUGAUGUUGAAAUAUGUCCAUCAUUGAAGCAAUACUUUUGUGGAAUUUGCAUGAAAUCAGAUAUUAUAUUGCAAACUAUCAAGACCUGGACUGAACAUAAUAGUCAGCAUAAAGUAUUGGAAAAGUAUGUGAAACAAACAUUAUUAACAAACAACUGUUUUUUACGAAAUUCCCAUUAA